ACGAGGUAUCGAAUGGUGGUGGUGUCGCUCGUGGCGUUCGCGCUGAUGCUGUGCAACGCGGAUCGGGUGAUCAUGGCGGUGGCGGGGGUGCCGCUGGCGGCGGCGAACGGGUGGGGCGAACGCGCCGUCGGGUUGGUGCAGAGCUCGUUCCUGUGGGGGUACGCGCUGACGCCGCUCGUCGGCGGGAUGUUGGCGGAUAGAUACGGUGGGAAGGUGGUGCUCGGGGCGGGUAUCGCGGUUUGGUCGCUGGCGACCGUGGCGACGCCGUUCGCGGCGACGAGCGGAGGCUUGGCGCCGCUGCUCGUCGCGCGCGCGGUCAUGGGGCUGGGGGAGGGCGUGGCGUUGCCGUGCAUGAAUAACGUCAUCUCCCGGUGGGUGCCGAGGACCGAGCGUUCGCGCGCGGUGGCGAUUUCUAUGGGAGGAUUUCAAAGCGGUUCGAUGAUUGGCUUGCUCGCGGCGCCCGCGCUCCUGGCGAGAGGCGGCGUUCCCGGACCGUUCAUCCUCUUCGGCGCGCUCGGUUUGGCGUGGGCGGCGAUUUGGCACUUCGCCGCGACGACGUAUCCCAAAGAUUGCAAAAUGGUGGGCGCCCGCGAGUUGAAUUACAUCGUCGACUCUCCCGGAGGCGCGCUCACGUCGUCGUCGUCGACGCUCAAGGACGCGGCGCCUCCGCCCUUUAAAUUAUUGCUGUCCAAAGCCCCGACCUGGGCGUGCAUCAUCGCCAACUUUGUCAAUAACUGGGGUUUUUUCAUCCUUCUGGCGUGGAUGCCGCUCUAUUUCAAGCAAGUCGUCGGUCUUAACCUCAGAGAAGCCGCGUGGUUUAGCGCGCUUCCGUGGGCCACCAUGGCGGCGAGCGGCGUCGUCGCGGGAACAUUGGCGGAUAACUUGAUCAACUCUCGCGGUUGGUCGGUGACUGCGACGCGCAAAUUCAUUCAAGGCGUCGGUUUCAUCGGUCCUGCGAUUUGUUUGAUCAUUCUGGCCGCGUAUGGAGCGCAGAUGACGGCGGCGCGCGCGGUGACGACGCUCACCGUCGCGUGCGGGUGCACGGCGUUUACGCAAGCGGGAUUUUUGGUCAACUUUCAAGAGAUCGGCCCGAAAUACGCAGGCGUGCUGCACGGCAUGGCGAACACCGCGGGGAGUAUCGCGGGAAUGGUUGGAACGUACGCCACCGGCGCCGUGUUGGAGGCCACGGGUGGGAACUGGAGCGCCGUACUCUACAUAACCGCCGUCGUCUACGCCUUGGGCGCGGCGACGUGGUUGACGAUGAGCACGGGCGAGCGCGUAUUUGAUUGA